UUUGAUGGAAUCUUUCCCGUUCCUCAUCCCGAUUGCAAACCUACACCACCAGCAAAGUUGACAGAAGAACAACAACAAAAGUAUGAAGAAGUUUUCGAGCACUUCAAAUCCCAAAAAGACUUCCCAGUCUCCCUCAAACCGGAAGAGAAACGUCGUGAACCUUUGAGCGAUUGGGAAAAGCUGCGUAUGGUAAGCAAGGAGAGCAUGCUGCGAUACUUACGAGCAACCAAAUGGGAUGUCAGACAAGCAAAGAGGCGCUUGACGGAGACGAUUGCAUGGCGUAGAGAAUUUGGCGUGGAAAAUCUCAACCCUGAAGAGAUGGCAAAGGAAGCAAGAUGCGGAAAGGAGACCGUUUUGGGGUAUGACAAAUAUGCAAGACCGGUGCACUACAUGCAUCCACAUAGAAGCGAUACCAAAGAAUCACCGCGACAAAUGCAAUUCGCUGUGUUUUUGUUAGAGAGAUGCAUCGAUAUGAUGCCUCCUGGAGUGGAGCAAUUGGCGCUUCUAAUUAAUUUUGAACACAAGAGUCGCAACCCGACCAGCAUCGCCAAUGCCAAGCUGAUGUUGUACAUCUUGCAAAACCAUUAUGUGGAAAACUUGGGUGUGAAUUGGUCAGUGAAUGUGCCUUGGGUGUUCAAGGUAUUCUGGAAUGCAAUUCAGCCAUUCAUUGAUCCCGUCACAAAGAAUAAAUGCCAUUUCGACGACCCAGUACGAAACCAAGUGCCUGCUGAUCAGCUCAGUGCGGAUUUCGGCGGUGAUGUAAAGUCUGCAUACGACCAUGAUGCUUAUUGGCCUGCCUUACUCAGAAUCACAAAAGAUAGACGGGAUGCAAUGUUGCGGAGAUUCAAGGAAGAUUGCAAUUCAGAAAUCGGCGCUUCUGAAUGGGUCAUUCGCGGAGGUGACGAUCCCAAU